GUCAAUCGCAAUCAGAGAACUUUUCUCCUUCGCCUCACCGGAGCCCUGCUUGGCCUAGUCAACAAGUAGCUGCACAAUUCAGUUUUAGGAACAGAAGUGGAGAGAUUUGCUUUCACCUGGUGCAGCAAAGAACAUUGAAUGAAACUGGACACAGGCCUCAGUCCUUAUUCUGCUAUGUGAGGUCAGAAGGAAGGGGAGGCAGUGCCCUCACGACCAUCUGUGGGUGAAGCUGCACGAAGGCUGGCACUCUCUGUUCAUUUUAAGCCCUAUGCUUUUCUCCUAAAGGGGGGCUUGACUGGGCACAGGUUGCACCACAGACCGGUUCUUGGUCUACGUCCGGCUCGGAAUGGCCUGCUUCUUCCGUGGGGCGAUAAACUGCUCCUCUCCACUGUUACGCAACGCCCCGGUGCCCAGAGUCCGGCGAGCCCUCUGCAAACGUUACUUUGGAUCCCAGCAAACCUUGUGGAACCAGCAAACUGUUAAAGGUGUCCUUUACAAAGACUUGGUUGUUGGCAUUCCCAAAGAAAUCUACAAGAAUGAGAGACGAGUGGCCGUGUCGCCUGCCGGUGUCCAGGCUCUGGUCAAGCAAGGGUUUAACGUGAAGGUGGAGAGCACGGCUGGCGAAGGAGCCAAGUUCUCUGAUGACCAAUAUCAAGAGGCCGGAGCCAUUAUUAAUGACACAAAAGAUGUUUUUGGAUCCGAUAUUGUUCUAAAGGUCAGGGCUCCGAUCUUUAACGAUGUCCUGGGAACACACGAAGCAGAUCUGCUGAAGGAAAGGGCGACCCUCGUCAGCUUUAUCUACCCUGCACAGAACGCUGAUCUUAUGGACAAACUCUCCCAGCGGAAGGCCUCCGUUCUUGCUAUGGAUCAGGUGCCUCGAGUGACUAUAGCUCAGGGAUACGAUGCUCUUAGUUCCAUGGCUAACAUAGCAGGGUACAAGGCUGUGGUUCUGGCAGCGAACCACUUUGGUAGAUUUUUCACCGGUCAGAUAACAGCGGCUGGGAAAGUGCCUCCUGCAAAGGUAUUGAUUAUUGGUGGUGGUGUUGCUGGAUUAGCAGCUGCUGGAGCUGCGAAAUCGAUGGGAGCCAUUGUACGUGGCUUUGACACCAGACCUCCGGCCUUGGAACAGUUUAAGUCACUGGGAGCAGAGACCCUGGAGGUGAAUCUGCAGGAGUCGGGCGAAGGGGUUGGUGGCUACGCUAAGGAGAUGACUAAAGAAUUUAUUGAAGCAGAAAUGGCUCUGUUUGCCAAGCAGUGUAAAGAUGUGGAUAUUAUCAUAAGCACUGCUCUGAUUCCAGGAAAACGCGCACCAAUUCUUAUCACCAGGGACAUGGUGGACACAAUGAAGGACGGCUCUGUUGUCGUCGACCUUGCAGCAGAAGCAGGCGGUAAUAUACAGACAACUAAACCUGAAGAGCUCUUUCUAUAUAAGGGUGUGACGCACAUAGGCUACACCGACCUCCCGAGCAGAAUGGCUACACAGGCCAGUAGUCUGUACUCCAACAACGUCUUAAAGCUGCUGAAGGCCAUUAGCCCCGACAAGGAAUACUUUCACUUUGACGCCAAGGAAGAGUUUGACUAUGGAACUGUCGAUCAUGUGAUCAGAGGCACUUUGGUGAUGCAGGAAGGCAAAAAUCUGUUCCCGACACCGCAGCCGAAACGUGUACAGCAAAGCGCGCCAGUCAGGCAGAAAUCCGUGGCAGAUAUUGAAGCAGAAAAGCAACUUACAGUAUCUCCUUUCAAAAAGACAAUGACCUCCGCUGGUGUCUACACAGCAGGUCUCACUGGAACUGGGCUGGGUCUGAGUGCCCCGAACGUUGCUUUCAGCCAGAUGGUUACAACCUUUGGUCUGGCCGGCAUCGUGGGAUAUCACACAGUCUGGGGUGUGACUCCAGCUCUUCACUCGCCGCUCAUGUCAGUCACUAACGCCAUCUCAGGAUUGACAGCUGUCGGGGGUCUGGCCCUGAUGGGAGGAGAUUACUUGCCUUCAUCUCUUCCUCAGACACUUGCCCUUCUGGCUGCAUUUAUAUCAUCCGUUAACAUAGCAGGGGGCUUCCUCAUUACCCAAAGGAUGCUGGACAUGUUUAAACGUCCCACUGAUCCACCCGAGUACAACUAUUUGUACAUGCUGCCGGGUGCAGUGUUUGUCGGUGGUUACGGUGCAGCGUUGGCUGGUGGAUACACGCUGGAACAGAUGAUGUACCUGGGCUCAGGCCUGUGCUGUGUUGGAGCGCUGGCUGGACUUUCUGCUCAGAAAUCCUCCCGAUUGGGAAAUGCGCUGGGCAUGAUCGGUGUAGCUAGUGGUCUGGUUGCCACAUUGGGGGGGAUCAAACCCUCGCCCGAGCUCCUAGCUCAGAUGUGCGGAGCAAUGGCAAUGGGGGGAACAAUCGGUCUCACCAUUGCUAAACGCAUCGAAAUCUCUGACCUUCCUCAGCUGGUCGCUGCUUUCCACAGUUUGGUGGGUUUGGCUGCAAUGCUCACCUGUGUUGCUGAAUACAUGAUUGAGUAUCCGCAUCUCGAUGUACACCCUGCAGCAAACGUUAUUAAGACUGUAUCCUAUCUGGGCACGUAUAUCGGUGGUGUGACAUUUAGUGGUUCCCUGGUUGCUUACGGAAAGCUGCAAGGUUUGCUGAGCUCCUCUGCUCUACUUCUGCCCGGCCGUCAUUACCUUAACGCAGGACUCCUAGCUGCCUCGGUGGGAGGAAUGGUGCCCUUUAUGCUUGAUCCAAGUUACACCACGGGAAUGAGUUGCCUGCUAAGUGUCUCGGCCCUGUCUACAAUCAUGGGUGUGACUCUCACCUCAGCUAUCGGGGGUGCUGACAUGCCUGUUGUGAUCACCGUUUUAAACAGUUAUUCUGGUUGGGCCUUGUGCGCAGAAGGCUUUCUGCUUGACAACAACUUAAUGACGAUCGUCGGUGCAUUGAUCGGGUCUUCAGGUGCUAUCCUCUCCUACAUCAUGUGUGUGGCUAUGAACCGUUCGUUACCCAAUGUGAUCUUGGGUGGAUAUGGAACAUCAUCGACCGGCACAGGCAAACCUAUGGAAAUUGUUGGAACUCACACCGAAGUCAAUGUGGAUCAGGCCAUUGAACAGAUUAAAGAAGCCAACUCAAUCAUCGUUACUCCUGGGUGGGGAUUAUGUGCUGCAAAAGCUCAGUAUCCAAUUGCUGACAUGGUGAAGAUGCUUAGCGAAAUGGGCAAGAAUAUCAGAUUUGGUAUCCAUCCUGUUGCUGGCCGAAUGCCUGGUCAACUGAAUGUGCUUUUAGCUGAGGCUGGUGUACCUUAUGACAUUGUUUUAGAAAUGGAUGAGAUAAAUGAAGACUUCCCAGAGACAGACUUGGUCCUGGUUAUUGGAGCAAAUGACACGGUGAACUCAGCAGCACAGGAAGAUCCAAACUCAAUCAUUGCUGGCAUGCCUGUGCUGGAGGUCUGGAAGGCGAAACAGGUUAUUGUGAUGAAGCGAACCCUGGGAGUAGGCUACGCUGCGGUUGACAAUCCAAUUUUCUACAAACCCAACACUUCGAUGUUGCUUGGUGAUGCAAAAAAGACAUGUGAUGCUCUCCAGGGCAAGAUCAAGGGAGCAAUUUUAUAACAAAUAAAGUCAUGGACGGAAACAAAUGCAAUGCAACAAUAAACUGUCUAUUCUGUUUCAGAGGUUUUGUGUGUUCAAGAUAACCCAAACAAGUAAUUCCAACUGAAAAAUAGUUGAGUGCAAUUUUAAAUUCCAUUUAUCUUCGAUCAUUCAGACAAUGCAAAAUACUCUUUGUACCAUAUUCGCUCUGAGAUCCAAGCUAAUUCAUAAGAUUUACGGUAUCACGUGUGGCAACAUAAACCGUGGAAUACAGAUUUGAGCUUUUCUUUAAAAUCAAUUAAAAUUAAGCUAAAUUAAAUUAUGGAAGGGUGGGCGGACUUCAAUUCAUAAAGGUAAGUGAAAUAUUGUUCCCAUUUAGUUACUUACUGACCUCAGUGAUAUUGCUUUAUAUUGAAGUACUUCUUAGAUCUAUCUUUGUAUUGCAAAACACUGGGUAAAUUUGUAGAACAGGCUCAGUGGGCUGAACAGCCACCUCCUACCCUUUUUUUCCCAUAUUGCUAACUGUUAAUAGCAGCAGAAUACUCAAAUCAAGAAACUGUACAGGAAAAUUUAAUUUGUGGCGAUCCAGCUAUGCAACAAUGCAGCAAAAAUACAUUUCCUAAAUUCCAAAUGCCCAUCAAUGCCAUUGCACCGCUGAGCUCAGACAGAGAAUAAACUUGUGCGUGAUUCACUUCUGA